GCUUCCGCUUUCGCCCUCCCUAACACCCGCUCGAGCACCCCCCGCUUCCAAACCCGCUGCUGUCCCUCGCCAGGACUCGCCUUACGCUCCUAGCCAGCCACAGCCAACGCGAGCCUUGCAACCGGUCCUCGUCCGCCAAGCUUCCCACGCAGUCUCACACGCCGCCUCGUCGCUAAAUCGUGGGAUAUGGUUAUGCCAACGCUUGUCACGGACCGAUUCACAGCACUUGAUUAUACGGACUUUACGAAUAAUCAUGUCUUCUUGAAGAGCUGCAACAAUGGCUUCUUCGACUACAACCAACAUGUCCACCAUGACCAUCAUGACGGGCACCGGGUCAACUUGGCCAAGCAGCUGAUUGGCGAGGCUCUUCGCGAGCGUGUUGAGAGCAUUGACCAUGAACUUUGCGAGCCUGGCGAGGAGGAUACCUUCUUCGUGGCCGACCUCGGCGAGGUCUACCGCCAGCACCUGCGCUGGAAGCUGAACCUGCCGCGCGUCAAGCCCUUUUAUGCCGUCAAGUGCAAUCCGGAUCCGAAGCUCCUGGAGCUGCUGUCCGCCCUCGGCACCGGUUUCGAUUGCGCCUCGAAGGCCGAGAUCGAGCAGGUUCUAGGCCUCGGAGUCGAUCCCUCGCGCAUCAUCUACGCGCAGCCGUGCAAGACCAACUCGUACGUGCGCUAUGUCGCCUCCCAGGGCGUGCGCCAGAUGACGUUUGACAACGCCGAUGAGCUCCGCAAGAUUGCGCGGCUCUUCCCCGGCGCGGAGCUUUUCCUUCGAAUCCUUACCGACGACUCGUCUUCGCUGUGCCGCCUCAGCCUGAAGUUUGGUGCUUCGCUUGAUUCGACCGAUGGCCUCCUGGCCCUGGCGCGCGAACUGGGUCUCAAUGUGGUGGGCGUCAGCUUCCACGUUGGUUCUGGUGCUUCGGACCCCGGCGCCUUCCUGAAGGCGGUUCAGGAUGCUCAUGUCGUGUUCCAGCAAGCCGCCUCUCACGGCUUCUGCCUGAAGACGCUGGAUGUCGGCGGUGGCUUCUGCAGCGACAGCUCGUUCGAGCAGAUGGCUGGUGUCCUCCGCGCCGCUCUUGACGAGUACUUCCCGGCCCACUCGGGAGUCAACCUCAUCGCCGAGCCGGGCCGGUAUUACGCUUCGUCGGCGUUCACUCUGGCUUGCAACGUCAUCGCUCGCCGUACCAUCGAGGACGUGUCGUCGGCCAGCUACAUGCUGUACGUCAACGACGGCCUGUACGGCAACUUCAGCAGCAUCAUGUUCGACCACCAGCACCCUGUCGCCAAGGUGUUGCGUUGCGGCGGCCGCACCCUGUACAACACGCCUGCCGCCGAGGCCUCGGACGGGCCCGGCUGUAUCGAAUACAGCAUCUGGGGACCGACCUGCGACGGCAUCGACCGCAUCACCGAGAGCAUCCGGUUCGCGCAGCUGCUGGACGUCGGCGACUGGCUGUACUUUGAGGACAUGGGCGCCUAUACUAAGUGUUCUGCCACCACGUUCAAUGGCUUCACCAACAGCCAUGACGUCAUCUAUGUGUGCAGCGAGCCGGGCGCGAAGGCUCUUUUGGGGAUGCCUUGAGAGUGGGGCUAGGGAGGAUCAUGGAGAACUGGCAUUGUUGUACCCCCCUUGAGUCGUGAAAGACUCGAGGGGUCUCUCUUCACUUCGUUCGGUCGCGUUAUAGAGAAAGGACAGUUGAGGCUUAGUUCCUCCAGAUGAGAUGGCUUAAUAGAGACAUGUGGACAAGAAGAAGCCCUCUGCAAGAAGCUGCCGCAACAUGUGAAGAAAUGCCGGCCCUUAAUGAGCUGUCACUGGCCGCGUGUUGAAGGCAGGGGUCC